CCUAAACAGCUCCUUGGACAAACAACAAAUCGCACAGUCGCCGCUUGAUAGAGGAAUCGCAAACGUUGCAACAUCUGCGCGUCAGUCUUGAUAGCCGCUUUUGCAAACACACACUACGAGAUCACCGGCCCUAGAUCGAAUCGAGAAAUACGCGAGCUCCUGAUUGAACACCCGGGACGCCGCAACGGGGCAGAUAUUGACCGGCUGGACAAUCGACCGCCAAUUCUCCGAAGCGCCUCGAGAACUGCAUGUUGGGACGAUAAAUCUCGCUCGACCCUUGAAAGAACGAUGGCAGACACGCUGCACAACGCACCCAUUGUGCUGGACAACGGGUCCGGCACCAUACGGGCUGGUUUCGCUGGCGAGGAUGUCCCAAAAUGCCACUUUCCCUCGUGGGUAGGGAGGCCGAAACAUCUGCGUGUGCUGGCGGGCGCGUUGGAGGGCGAAGUUUUCAUCGGCCAGAAGGCAGCCACCGAACUACGCGGGCUGCUAAAGAUCCGAUACCCGUUGGAACAUGGCAUUGUCACCGACUGGGACGACAUGGAGAAGAUCUGGGCCUACGUGUAUGAUGAAGGGUUAAAGACUCUAAGUGAAGAACACCCAGUCCUGCUUACUGAACCCCCGCUCAACCCGCGCUCCAACCGCGACACGGCCGCCCAGAUCCUAUUCGAAACCUUCAACGUACCAGCGCUCUACACGUCCAUCCAGGCUGUUUUAUCUCUGUACGCCAGCGGCCGGACAACAGGCGUGGUGCUGGACGCAGGCGACGGCGUGUCACACGCCGUGCCGGUAUACCAGGGCUUCACGGUGCCCAACAGCAUCCGGCGGAUCGACGUGGCUGGGCGAGACGUGACCGAGUACCUGCAGACGCUGCUCCGCAAAAGCGGCUACGUCUUCCACACGAGCGCCGAGAAGGAGGUGGUGCGGCUGAUAAAGGAGGCCGUCACCUACGUCGCCAAGGACCCGCGCAAAGAGGAGAAGGAAUGGGCCGCGGCCAAGCUGGACCAGGGCAAGGUUGCCGAGUACGUGUUGCCAGACGGGAACAAGCUCAAGAUCGGCGCAGAACGGUUCCGCGCGCCAGAGAUCCUCUUCGACCCAGAAAUUAUCGGCCUCGAGUACCCCGGCGUGCACCAAAUCGUGGUCGACUCGAUCAACCGGACGGACCUCGACCUGCGAAAAGACCUGUACUCGAAUAUCGUGCUCUCGGGCGGCAGCACCCUCACCAAGGGCUUUGGCGACCGGCUGCUGUCCGAGGUGCAGCGAGUCGCCGUUAAAGACAUGAGGAUAAAGAUAUUUGCGCCGCCCGAACGCAAGUACUCGACCUGGAUUGGCGGAAGUAUUCUUGCUGGGCUGAGCACGUUUAGAAAGAUGUGGGUCAGCAUCGAUGACUGGCACGAGAACCCGGACAUUAUCCACACCAAGUUUACAUGAGCGCUGCCUAUCGGCGGACACUAUAAUGCCAACUUCGGUCGGCCGUGGCUUUCGAUGACGAGUAGAGUGGCCUCAUAAUGUGCCGCCUCUUAUGUGGACGUCUUCUCUGAGAGCAGGCAAUCCAAAGACCGUUAUCUACGCGGUGCUAGGCGGAUCUUUUGGGAUGAAAUGUGCGUAAUUGCGAAGAGAAAUAAUGGCGGG